CUUGGCUAGGGAGUUAUUUGACGCCGCCGCCCCUGGCAGUCGGAAGUUGCCUGAGCAGAGCCCAGCCGGCUGGCCCGACUGGCCUUCGUCGUCCCUUGGCACCCUGGGAGAGUGGCUGACGGGUGGACGACGGACUGCCUGAGGACGGCCGGCCAGGGCAGUGAAAGCGCCAGCCCAAUGGCACGGGUCGCGUGAGGCGGAAGGCCGAGUGCGGCCGGCGGCGGCGGCGGCGGCGGCGCCCGCCCCAGCGAUGCGGGCCCCGCCCGUAGCCUCAGGUGCCAUUUGGAUUGUACUUUAGUGGCACAAUGUACUCUGAGUGGAGGUCACUGCAUUUGGUGAUUCAGAAUGAUAAAGGCCAUACCAGUGUGCUGCACAGCUAUCCAGAGAACGUUGGGCGAGAGGUGGCAAAUGCUGUAGUCCGUCCUCUUGGGCAGGUGUUAGGUACCCCUUCAGUGGCUGGUAGUGAGAGUUUGUUAAAAACUGACAAAGAAGUAAAAUGGACCAUGGAAGUAAUUUGCUAUGGACUGACCCUUCCAUUGGAUGGAGAGACUGUAAAAUACUGCGUUGAUGUAUAUACAGACUGGAUUAUGGCUUUAGUGUUGCCGAAAGAUUCUAUUCCAUUGCCAAUUAUUAAAGAGCCGAAUCAAUAUGUUCAAAGUAUACUAAAACACCUACAAAAUCUUUUUGUACCAAGACAGGAACAGGGUUCCAGUCAGAUUCGACUAUGCUUACAGGUCCUGAGAGCCAUUCAGAAACUGGCCCGUGAGUCAUCUCUCAUGGCCCGAGAAACCUGGGAAGUCUUACUGUUGUUUCUUCUGCAGAUUAAUGACAUACUUCUGGCCCCACCAACUGUUCAAGGUGGCAUUGCUGAGAAUCUAGCAGAGAAGUUGAUCGGUGUUCUCUUUGAGGUGUGGUUACUAGCUUGUACUCGGUGCUUCCCAACACCUCCUUAUUGGAAAACAGCCAAGGAGAUGGUGGCUAACUGGAGGCAUCACCCAGCAGUGGUGGAGCAGUGGAGCAAGGUCAUUUGUGCGCUCACUUCCAGAUUGCUACGCUUUACGUAUGGUCCUUCAUUUCCUCCAUUUAAAGUUCCUGAUGAAGAUGCCAGUCUGAUCCCUCCAGAAAUGGAUAAUGAGUGUGUUGCACAGACAUGGUUUCGCUUUUUACAUAUGUUAAGUAAUCCUGUGGAUUUGAGUAACCCAGCUAUUAUAAGCUCUACUCCCAAAUUUCAGGAACAGUUCUUGACUGUGAGCGGAAUGCCGCAAGAAUUGAAUCAGUAUCCCUGCCUUAAACAUCUGCCUCAAAUAUUUUUUCGUGCCAUGCGUGGAAUCAGCUGUCUGGUGGAUGCAUUCUUAGGCAUUUCUAGACCCCGAUCAGACAGUGCUCCCCCAACACCCGUGAAUAGAUUAAGUAUGCCUCAAAGUGCUGCUGUCAAUACCACCCCACCACAUAACCGGAGGCACCGGGCUGUUACUGUGAAUAAGGCCACCAUGAAGACAAGCACAGUUAGUACUGCUCAUGCCUCAAAAGUUCAGCACCAGACAUCCUCCACCUCUCCUCUGUCAAGUCCAAAUCAGACUAGUUCAGAACCCCGGCCAUUGCCUGCCCCUCGGAGACCAAAGGUUAACAGCAUCUUGAAUCUCUUUGGAUCAUGGUUAUUUGAUGCAGCAUUUGUUCACUGUAAACUUCAUAAUGGGAUAAACAGAGACAGCAGCAUGACUGCCAUUACAACACAAGCUAGCAUGGAGUUUCGACGGAAAGGGUCACAAAUGUCCACAGACACCAUGGUUUCCAAUCCUAUGUUUGAUGCAAGUGAAUUUCCUGAUAACUAUGAAGCAGGAAGAGCUGAGGCUUGUGGGACACUGUGUAGGAUUUUUUGUAGCAAGAAGACUGGAGAAGAGAUUCUGCCAGCUUAUUUAUCCAGAUUUUACAUGCUUUUAAUUCAAGGUUUGCAGAUAAAUGAUUAUGUGUGCCAUCCUGUCUUGGCCAGCGUUAUUCUAAACUCUCCUCCUUUGUUCUGCUGUGACUUGAAAGGGAUUGAUGUUGUGGUUCCUUACUUUAUUUCAGCUCUUGAAACCAUUUUGCCUGACAGAGAACUCUCAAAAUUCAAAAGCUAUGUAAAUCCAACAGAAUUGAGAAGAUCCUCCAUUAAUAUCCUGCUUUCUUUGUUGCCCCUCCCUCAUCAUUUUGGCACAGUCAAAUCUGAGGUGGUCCUGGAAGGAAAAUUUAGUAAUGAUGAAAGCUCUUCUUAUGAUAAACCAAUAACUUUUCUGUCCCUGAAGUUGAGACUUGUGAAUAUAUUAAUAGGUGCCUUGCAAACAGAAACGGACCCCAACAACACCCAAAUGAUACUAGGAGCAAUGUUAAAUAUUGUUCAAGAUUCAGCACUUUUAGAAGCCAUUGGUUGCCAGAUGGAGAUGGGUGGUGGAGAAAAUAACCUGAAGAGUCAUAGUCGCACUAAUAGUGGUAUUAGUUCAGCAAGUGGCGGAAGCACGGAGCCCACAACUCCCGAUAGUGAGAGACCCGCUCAAGCUCUCUUAAGAGAUUAUGAUUCAGCUGCUGGGCUCCUGAUUCGCAGCAUUCAUCUCGUCACUCAAAGACUCAACUCCCAGUGGCGCCAAGACAUGAGCAUAUCACUGGCAGCUCUAGAGCUCCUCUCUGGCCUUGCAAAGGUAAAAGUGAUGGUUGACUCAGGAGACCGGAAACGAGCCAUCAGUUCUGUGUGCAGCUACAUUGUUUAUCAAUGUAGUCGGCCAGCUCCUCUUCACUCCAGGGAUCUGCACUCCAUGAUAGUGGCAGCUUUUCAGUGUCUCUGUGUCUGGCUGACAGAGCACCCUGAUAUGCUUGAUGAAAAGGACUGCCUUAAGGAAGUACUGGAGAUUGUGGAACUGGGUAUUUCAGGAAGUAAGUCCAAGCACAGCGAGCAAGAGGUCAAGUACAAAGGAGAUAAGGAGCCAAACCCUGCAUCUAUGAGGGUAAAGGAUGCUGCUGAAGCCACCCUAACAUGCAUUAUGCAGUUGCUUGGCGCAUUUCCUUCACCUAGUGGUCCUGCCUCUCCUUGUAGUCUUGUGAAUGAGACCACUUUGAUUAAAUACUCCAGGCUGCCAACCAUAAACAAGCAUAGUUUCCGGUACUUUGUCUUGGAUAACAGUGUCAUCCUGGCAAUGCUGGAACAACCUCUUGGAAAUGAGCAGAAUGAUUUUUUCCCCUCUGUCACUGUGCUGGUCCGGGGGAUGUCUGGAAGACUUGCUUGGGCGCAACAGCUUUGUCUUUUACCCAGAGGAGCAAAAGCAAAUCAGAAGCUUUUUGUGCCUGAACCUCGCCCAGUUCCUAAAAAUGAUGUUGGAUUUAAAUAUUCUGUGAAACAUCGGCCAUUUCCUGAAGAGGUGGACAAGAUUCCUUUUGUGAAAGCAGAUCUCAGCACCCCUGUCUCAAAAAUAAAAAAAGUUAAGAUUGGCCUUGUUAGUUUGAUAAUAGUUUCAAAAAAUGAAACAUCUGGUUUAUUUCAGUUAGAAGAAAGACAUGAAAAAUUAAGGAGUGGCAUGGCCCAGCAGAUUGCUUAUGAAAUACACCUUGAGCAACAGAGUGAGGAGGAAUUGCAGAAGAGAAGUUUUCCUGACCCAGUUACGGAUUGCAAGCCACCGCCUCCUGCCCAGGAAUUCCAGACAGCCCGCCUUUUCCUCUCACACUUUGGAUUUUUGUCCUUAGAAGCAUUGAAGGAACCUCCAAAUAGUCGUCUACCUCCUCACCUUAUUGCACUUGAUUCCACGAUACCGGGGUUUUUUGAUGACAUUGGGUAUCUGGAUCUCUUGCCAUGUCGUCCUUUUGACACAGUUUUUAUUUUCUAUAUGAAGCCAGGUCAGAAAACGAACCAAGAGAUUUUAAAGAAUGUGGAGUCUUCCAGAACUGUUCAGCCCCAUUUCCUAGAAUUUUUGCUUUCCCUUGGCUGGUCAGUUGAUGUGGGCAGACACCCUGGUUGGACUGGGCAUGUUUCCACCAGUUGGUCUAUUAAUUGUUGUGAUGAUGGUGAAGGAUCUCAACAAGAAGAAGUGAUUCCCUCUGAAGAUAUUGGAGCUAGCAUUUUCAAUGGACAGAAGAAGGUGCUGUAUUAUGCUGAUGCCCUUACGGAAAUAGCUUUUGUGGUUCCUUCUCCUGUGGAGUCCUUAACUGAUUCAUUGGAAAGUAACAUCUCAGACCAAGAUAGUGAUUCAAAUAUGGAUCUUAUGCCAGGAAUUCUGAAACAGCCAUCCCUGACACUUGAGCUUUUCCCCAAUCAUACAGACAAUCUUAAUUCCUCACAGAGGCUCAGUCCCAGUUCCAGAUUGAGGAAGCUGCCUCAGGGUCGCCCUGUUCCUCCCCUUGGACCUGAGACAAGAGUUUCUGUAGUCUGGGUGGAGCGCUAUGAUGAUAUAGAAAACUUUCCCCUCUCAGAGCUGAUGACAGAGAUCAGUACUGGUGUGGAAACUACUGCAAAUAGUAGCACUUCACUGAGAUCUACGACUCUUGAAAAAGAAGUUCCUGUCAUCUUCAUCCACCCUCUAAACACUGGAUUAUUCCGGAUAAAAAUUCAAGGAGCCACUGGAAAAUUUAACAUGGUCAUCCCUCUUGUGGAUGGGAUGAUUGUCAGCAGGCGAGCUCUUGGCUUUCUGGUAAGGCAGACUGUAAUUAACAUUUGUAGAAGAAAGAGACUGGAGAGUGACUCCUACAGUCCACCCCAUGUCCGCCGGAAACAGAAAAUCACCGACAUUGUCAACAAGUACCGGAACAAGCAGUUGGAGCCAGAGUUUUAUACUUCACUUUUCCAGGAGGUUGGACUCAAGAACUGCAGUUCUUAGACCACUGAAUUUCUAAGACUGUUGAACCCCCGUUUGGGAACUAUGACACAGCAGAACAGUUUGAUAGGUGAUCACUGUAAAAAUAAAAACGAAUCACUCCCAAGAGCUUACUGUUUAAUCACCAGAAUAGAAGAAACACAUUAUAGCCCAUUUGAUAGAAGACUUUUGGCUAUCUAGUGAAAUAGCCUCCCAGACACAAUCAUAUUCCUGCUGAUAAUGAUGACAUACAUUUUAGCCAUAAACUUUCUUUUAAAAGUGACAAUUUUAGUUAAACCAAAGCCUUUUGAGGAGAAAGGCUUUUAUGCAUCUCAGUUAUACACGUGCAUUGGUAGUAUCAACAAAUUUGCAAUAUAGAAGUUGAAGCUAGUUUUAUACCUCACUUUUUAGGAGGUUGUAUUAAAAAAAAAUCUGUCUCAGAAUCUUCCAGGACAUUUAAAGACUCAUGUUGAUAGCAUGGAGGAGAAGGAAAGAAGUCUCAGCCUUCUACUCACUUGUAGGUCUACUUGUCAUCCAGCUGUCAAACUGACAAAAAGAAAAUAGGAUAACAUGUUUUUUUCUCAGAUAAGAAGCCUGACAUUAAAAUAUGUCAUAUUUUUUUUCUCCACAUUUCAGGAAGUUGUCCUUGUCAUCACUGCACAGAUCUGUCUGAAAGCCUCAGUUUCUGGGCCACCCAGCAACAGAUCAGAAAUGGUGCAUGGCGUUGUCCUUUAAUGGGGAUGCAAAUAAAGUUUGUGGGGUUAAAAGUUAUAAGACAGCAGUGAUACCCCCACUCUCUCCAUUAUUGUCCAGCAGGGUGACGUAAUGACAGGUUAAACAUUUGUGAUUCAUUAAUUAAAUAUCAUUUGAAGAAAUGUAAUUCACAGUAGGGGUUGAAAAUUAUUUGGUUUCAUCUAUUAUCUCUUAUUUCAGGACCAAGCAGCAAACUGCAGUAGUUUAUGAAGGAUUCUAGUUUGGGGUUCAGGAAUAGCCUCUCAACGCUCCUUAUUCAGAUCUUUCCCAGAGAACUACUCGAUUUCCUUGUAAUUGACAAACAUGAGUGACCACCUCUUUGGGUGGCUACUGUUAGAAAUGGCUAACAGUUGUUGUCAUCUUUUCUGGACUUUGCCAGCCAACAGAUCCCUGCCAGGUUUUGGAAAUACUUCUGUUACCUCGCUGCUACUUUUCUGCAGGGAUGAAACUUUUGAGGUGGCCAGACCCAGAACAUCCUUACAAGGAUUCCUGUUACAGUGCUACAGCAUACACUGCUCAUUUACCCUAUUCUCAUGUGCUUUCUUCUUUAGUAAGAUUAUUUUAUGUUAAGAAAGUAAGUGAUAUUUGAAGUCCAAAGAGGAAUGAUCACAGUUGUAUAAGAGGUGUUUUCUCACGUGAACUCUGAUGUCAGUAGACUCUAUAGGUCAAAGCUACAACAAUCUGUUUGGGUUGAUGUUUUGGUAGUUUACUUAGGGGGCGGGGAUAGUGUGGGACCUAAUUCCCUGUGCAAAUGUCUCUUAUUCCAGAAAUAUGCAUUUGCCAUCUGUGAGCAAGAAAUAUGGGCAUAGCAGCUCUUGGUUUAAAGUUUGCCAUAACCUUUUCUUCAUGUUUGUUUUAAGCUCAGGUAAAGAUAACCUCCUCUUUCUAUGACUCCAGUUUCCAUUCAGGUUAUAGUAUUAUUCAAUAGUUGAUUUUCUUUUUAAGCUGGGCAAUAAAUUGAUGUUUCCAGAUGGUAGCAUGGGAGAGGGCAUAAUGGGAUAAAGAUGAGCAAAUUCUACCCUAAAAAUGUUCUACUGGUUCACAGGAAGAAGAUGAGGUUUAACAACUUUUAAGGUAAUUCUAGAUUGACAUUUUGAGGGGAAAAUGGGCUCUUGUUUUAGUUGAAGUGAGCAGAGAAGGCUGUAAAUUGAUUGUAACUUAACAUUCCAGAGGUUAAAAAUAACUGAUGUAGAUGCACUUCUUCAGUGUGAUUCUUCAGAUCAAACUGUUACCUUGGCAUAGUUAAUGUCAGAAAAAUGUGCUGUGUGUGUAUGAGGGUUGGGCUUCCUGACCCUUGAGUUAGCUUUAAUUUCUGGCAACUCCUUGUAAUUCCAAUGUAUUUGAUAAGUGAACAACCAUGUUGAAUGCAUUUGUGAUCUGGGAGACUCCCUGGUCUUCCAGGGAAGGAAAGAUGUGCAGCCCUUGAAGGCAUGAAACUUCUAAUGUGUACGGAGCCAGUGGAAUAUGGGAUACACAUACCUACCAGGCACUGGUUCCUUCUGCUCAAAAUAAUAUCUGCCCACAGAGGGAGUGUGGUAAGAACCCUUAGAUCCAGUCUUUCACUAAUAUGGAUUUGAGUUCAUGGUCACUAUGUUUAUCUACCUGUCUGUGUUAAAAAAUCACUUUGAGUAAAAUAGCACCAGAGGAACCUAUUUAAUACAUAAUAUUAAUAUUUAGUAGUCUGUUUGAUAAAUUUGCCAGCAUAUGUUCUAGCCUUUCAGGCAAAGCAAGGACCACGUUCGUCUGUGGCUUAAACAGCUCAGUCGCUAUGUCCGUUGGCUAUGCCGGGGGGUGGAUGAGUGUGGCAUUCUAUGAAGAGGAAGGUGGUAAGUAAGGUUGCCCAUCUACUGCUGCCUUAAAUUGGAGGAGGGAGCUUUUCUCCUCCUCUCUGAUUGGGUGCACUGAGGUCAGUGAGGAGGGCUUUUACCUUGUUAACCCUUUCCUUGUUUAACUAGCUUUCCUUUUUGUCUAGGACUUCUUCCUGAGACCCUCUUCCAUCCACUGGGCCUUUUAAAGGACUCAUUACAUGUUGGGUUGACCCCCUUUUUUUUGCCAGCACGCGCGUGCACACACACAUGCAUACUCAUGCACAUUUUCUGUCAUUUCCAAGUCCUUUAUUUCAGGGCAGCCAUUUUCCUCUGGACUCAUUAAUAAAUACAAAUACCCACACCUUUGGCCAGUAAUGUUGGUUCCCUGCAGGUUCUGUGUAUGAGGCCUUAGUGAAUGGUUACUUUCUCCAUAUACUAGGGAAGCAUUUGUCAGACUCUGCAGACUGGGUUCUAGAGAGGCAGAGUCUUUAGGAGUACCCAUUUCUUCUGGAAGGUGGAGCUUUACCCAAAGUGGAAGUUAGCUUUGCUCAAAGAUGUGUUUUGUGGUAGUUGGUAAAAAAAAAAAAAAAAACCUAUUGGAGAUAAUUUGACGCUCCUGCUGGCAGUAGUUCUCCAUUCACCAUUUUAAAGCCCAUUCAGGUUCUAUCUUCCUAAAAAAAUUGAUUGCUGUGUUUACAUGAAAUGAUGAUUGGCGUCAGAUGGUCUGUUUUAAAGAUUUCCAUGACAGCCUUUUUUCCUGAGUUGGAGAGAUUGGAGGUGGUCCAUCCAUACAAUGUGGAAUCAAACGGUGGGUUUCUUAGUAGCUAAAGAAGCCAUGUACUUAUAGUGUUUUUCUCCGAAUAUCAACUCAGAAUAUCAACUCAUGUUCUUCAGAUGCUUUUCUUUUUUUAAUGGUAAGGGAAAAGGUGUAAUUUGGGAUUCCACAGUGCCUUGCAUAUAGUAGGCGCCCAAUAAAUACAUGUUGAAGCAAACCAAGUUUCCCAAGUUCUCAUCUCUUAACAGUGACCAAGACAUCUUUCUCCUCCGAAGGGCUUGGCAGUUGUGGCUAAAAAAUAAGCAGUAUCAUUAUUUGCUUGAAAAUCAUAUAUACAGUUUGUAUGAAUUUCAGUAUGUUGCCAAGACAUGAUCUUUUUCUUACUGUAUUUUCUGUAAAUAUUUCUGGCACUGAACUGUAAAGUAAAGGCAAAGUGUAAAUAUGAAGGCCUGCCCGUGCCCCUUGCCUCCUAUGUUUCAUCUUCGUCAGUUAGGGAAGAAGGUCCAGAGGUUUGUUUGUAUUUAUGCCGAUCCUUUGUCCAGAAGAAACCCAUGGAAUAUUGAAUGUAAUACAUUUAGUCAAUUAAAUUUUAAGGCGAUUCUUAUCUAA